UAAAGUUUGUAUUUACUUAUUUUUAUAGUAAUGAAUAAAUAAGUUUUGUUUUAAAAAAAAUUCCAUGACGUGUAGAUCAUUUGGUACUCCGAAGAUCGACGCUCCUCUCUUUCCACCCCUGCUUCCCAGGUCUCCUGUCUUCUUUUUUGGUUUUUGAGAGAUCGCCGGUCUCCUUCACGAAAACCAAACCUCAUCAUUUUACACACCAAAAAAAAAAAACAAAAAACCCGAAAGAAUUAAUCAAACACAAAUUCUAUCAUAUAAUUCUAAUUAUUUAUUUUACAAUAAUAAUUAAAUUGAAUUUUUAUAACACCACUUCUUUGAUAUAUAUUUUUUUUCUCUCUGUGAUAUCCAUUAUAGAUUUUUUGUUCAAUUCUUCGAACUUUAAAAAGCUGAUAUGUUGGGAUUUGGGUUUGUUCAAUACUAUACAUACGAAUUGAUAUUGAGAAGAAGACGGCUUCCGAGGUUAUAUGUUUUGAACGAUGAAUCAAAGUAUGUUUAGAGUGCUGCUGUUGCUUUUGUAAAUACUAUUGAUUUUUAUUUAAGAAUUGGCGUUUUUUGUUGUUAUGAUUAUUGUGAUUAUAUGGGUUUUUUAGCCUGAAUUGUUGGUGUGAAGAGGGGUUGUUUUGUUGUAUACUGGAAUCGAGGCCGUAGAAGGUUGGGGUUUUGAGGUUGUGUAUUAAGGCAGUUUGGGUGUAGUGUGUGUGUGGUUUGUUGAAGAUGACGGAUGUCCGGCCAUUGCAGCAAAAGGCUGAGAGUGCGACUGAUGCUCGGGCAAAUUUUGAGCGUGGACUAGAGGAGCUUAUGCGUGGGCAUUUGGAUGAUUGUAUGUCAUACGCCACCUGUAGCUCAGCCCGAAAUACUGAGGAUGAGGAUGAGGAGAGUGAUCAGCUUGUGCGUAGAAGGCGGAGGUCUGAUCUUGAAGGGGAUGAUCUAGCAGAGUCUUCUGCUGCUAGGAGACGGCACUCAAGAAGGUGGGCUGCGAGGCAAGCACAAGAGAUGAUUACCACUAUUGAGAGGCGGAACCGGGAGUCGGAGUUGAUGGCUCUUGCAGGCUUGCAUCCUGUUUCCAUGCUUGAUUAUUCUUUUUUGAGGGAAUCUCAGUCUCCAAAUUCACGCAGGUCGGGAGUGGUGGAAAGGCCAAGUACUCGGGCUUCUGCUAUCUUGCAAAUGUGGCGAGAAUUGGAGGAUGAUCAUGAGUUGAAUCGUGCUAGAGAGAGGGUUAGGGAGAGACUGAGGCAUCAAAGGAGCAUGGAUAGCAAUACUGAUGUCUCAACCAUAACAAUGUCGGAAAGUAGAGCAGAUGAGAAUCAGGGUAGUGUGGAGGAUGCAAGUGAGAGUGAGCAUGAUUUUGAGGCUUGGUCUCAUGAUCAGAUGGAGAUCCGCAACGCACAAGGGAAUACUAAUCAUUCUAGCAGAGAGCAAUCUCCUGAUCUUGGUGAAGUGGAGAGGGAAAGGGUGAGACAGAUUGUUCGUGGAUGGAUGGAGAGUGGGAUAAGUGAACGCUCUUCGGAUGCCACAGGGAGGAUUAAUAACCCUAGAGGAGAAUGGCUUGGUGAGACUGAACGUGAACGGGUGAGGCUUGUGAGAGAGUGGGUGCAUACAUCAAGUCAGCAAAGAACACGGGGAGGACGUACGGAAGCUCAACUUGUUGGAUUAGGAGCCGAAGUCAAUCAGGUUCAUGGUGGCCUUGUUCGCCAGGAAGAAGGUCAGACAGAGCACAUUCGGAGAGAUUUGUUGAGAUUACGUGGAAGGCAAGCUUUAAUAGACCUGCUUAUGAGAAUAGAACGUGAGAGACAGAGAGAGCUUCAGGGUUUAUUAGAUCAGCGGGCUGUUACAGAUUUUGCUCAUCGUAAUCGCAUUCAGUCAUUGCUCAGAGGUAGAUUUUUGAGGACUGAAAGAAUUACUGAGGAUGAAAGGCCACCUUCAGUUGCUGCAAGUGAAUUACUUCAGUUGAGACAACGAAACACUGUUUCUGAUUUGAGAGAAGGUUUUCGCUCUAGAGAGUCCAGCCUAGAAACUAUUGUACAUGGUCAAACAAUGAGCAACUCUGGGGCCUCAUUUGGCGAUCCAGGUAGUGAUUUUCCAAUUGAUCAGGAACGACUUGACAUUCCAAUUGAGGUUCAUGGUUUGAAUUCGCACCAACUGCAAUCUAGGGUUCAUGGUGAUGGAGUUAGUGAGUUCACAAAUAAUACCAUAAUUUUGCCUGAUGAAGCUUCUGCUGAUCUCUUGGCUGGGGAAGAAAGUGCUAUUCAUAGGGGGAUUGGCAGGAACAGGUCACAGGAGAUGAGCAGAGGAGCUUGCUGCAGUCAAAUUCUGCGGUUCUUAAUCAAUGGAGUGAUAACUACUGCAGGAAAUGCUUGGCGGCCGACUGCUGAGGGGAAUGAUAGUGAAGAAGAGAAUAAUUUAACUGGUCAACAAAUUUGGCCUGACAAUGGUUUUAGAACAACUUUAGGGACUUCGUCUCGAGGGUUUUCUAAUCCUCCACGAAUUCGACAUGGCAUUUCAACUAGACAAGUCAAUAGAUUUCACCUUCCUGAUGAUGAUAAUGUUUACAGCAUGGAGCUUCGUGAACUGCUUAGCAGGAGGAGUGUUUCAACUCUUCUUCAUAGUGGAUUCCGUGAAAGUCUGGACCAAUUGAUACAAUCUUAUGUGCAAAGGCAAGGUCGUGCUCCUAUUGAUUUGGAUCUUCAUAGAAAUUUGCCCACUUCUGUUACAUCACGGCGUGAUCUGGAGUCUCAACCAGAGGAAUCAAAUGCCAGUGAUACAGACAAUCGAGUGCCUCUUGUUCAUCCAUCUCCACCUGUACCACCUCCACAGCCCCUCUGGCAACGGACUAUUCAUCAUGCUAACUGGUCUAGGCAUAGCAUGCAUCGUUCAGAGCUGGAGUGGGAGAUGAUGAAUGAUCUUCGAGCAGAUGUUGCUAGGCUUCAGCAAGGUAUGAACCACAUGCAGAGGAUGCUUGAAGCCUGCAUGGACAUGCAGGUUGAGUUGCAGCGUUCUGUUCGGCAAGAGGUUUCUGCAGCUUUAAAUCGAUGUACUGGUGGACAAGGUGCUGAGACCUCAGAGGACGGCUCCAGAUGGGGACAUGUGAGGAAGGGGACAUGUUGUGUUUGUUGUGAUAACCAUAUUGAUUCUCUGUUGUACAGAUGUGGCCACAUGUGCACCUGUUUGAAGUGUGCGAAUGAGUUGGUUCGUGGUGGAGGCAAGUGCCCUUUGUGCAGGGCACCCAUUGUUGAGGUCAUCCGAGCUUAUUCGAUACUGUAAAUAAUGAACAUUUGUAAGGGAAUGAAAAGGAAAACAAGAAAGGGAUAAGCUCAAGUGAAGAGAAUGAGUGAUGAAUAUUUUAUUGAUAGCCAUUCUUUUGCGUCACCUAUUGGAUAGAGCUCUCCAAGGCUUUUCCGUCUAGUUGCCUUAGUUCCCCUUAUCAUAUGUGCAGGUUAUUAUGCGUCGUACAAUUGAGUUAUUAUAUGGCAUAUAUCUGAUUCUGCAUUAUUUCCUCAAUAAAAACGUGAUCAAUAUUACAGGUGUCAA